AUGUUGGCUGAGGAACCGCGGAAACCUGUUUUUCACUCAGUCCGUGGACCGGCUGCCCUCCGCGGCUCCGCGGACCACCUUUCUGCAGCAGCACCCCUCACGCACAGCCCUCUUCGGAAGGUUUCCUCCGCGGAGCUAACGCCCCUCAAUUCCUUAGAGCCCCUCCUCCUCCGCCGCUCUCUCCUAAACGACGGUGCAUGUUCCAAUGCCCGCUUUAGGGGCGCUUAUCGCAUUCCAUGCCACCAGUCAGAUGUCCGCAGAGGCCAUGAAGCAACGGCCGCACAUGGCGGGAAAACCCAAAAGUCAAAGUCAAAGGUGCCAUCUCGCCACGGAACGCAUCGCAAAGAAUCCACCGAUCGUGAGGCGGAACAUACCAAUGCGGUAAUUCUCAUUCCGUUAGGCGUCGUCACACAUGACACAGAUCCCAAAACAAAACACUUUCUUCUGUCCAAGGCGAGAAUUCUCAUACUGCAAAGUAGUUUCCAUUAG